CCCGUCGUAGUUUGUGUGAGAGACUUCGACGUGAACGAGGUUAUUCAGUUGAAUGUAUCAGCUAGCGUGAUGAUGCUAAGCUAGCUGUCAGCCAGGCAUCCACGGGUUUUGCUGCCGACUUCGCUACCGGAUGCUUCCGGUCGUAUCCUGCUGGCCGUCUUGACGUUCCCUCAACAUUCCUGGACGAAUUCGUGUCGACUGACCAGAGUCCGCGAAUUCAGGUCCACUCCUGAUCUAACCUUCCCCAGCUAGCGUAACUUAGCUCGCCGGCUAGCGAGACUGCACACACGGAGAACCGGACUGACGGGAGUUUCACUUAAGGACCACACCCAGACAAGAUGUCCCUUCAUCAGUUUCUGCUGGAGCCCAUCACCUGCCACGCAUGGAACCGCGACAGGACACAAAUUGCCAUCAGUCCUAAUAACCAUGAAGUUCAUAUCUACAAGAAGAGUGGCAACCAGUGGGUCAAGACCCAUGAGCUGAAGGAGCACAAUGGACACAUAACAGGUAUUGACUGGGCUCCCAAAAGUGAUCGUAUAGUGACAUGCGGAGCAGACCGUAAUGCCUACGUGUGGUCCCAGAAGGAGGGGGUAUGGAAGCCCACACUGGUCAUCCUCAGGAUCAACCGAGCUGCCACCUUUGUCAAGUGGUCUCCACUGGAGAAUAAGUUUGCAGUCGGCAGUGGGGCUCGACUCAUCUCUGUCUGCUACUUUGAGUCUGAGAAUGACUGGUGGGUGAGCAAGCACAUCAAGAAGCCUAUCCGCUCCACCAUCCUCAGUCUGGACUGGCAUCCCAACAAUGUACUGCUGGCUGCUGGAUCCUGUGACUUCAAAUGCAGGGUGUUCUCAGCCUACAUUAAGGAGGUGGAAGAGAAACCAGGCCCCACACCCUGGGGCAGCAAGAUGCCAUUUGGGGCUGUGCUAGCAGAAUUCGGAGGAGCAGGUGGAGGGGGUUGGGUCCACUCUGUCUCUUUCUCAGCCUCUGGUAACCGCCUGGCCUGGGUCAGCCAUGACAGCACUGUCACUGUGGUGGACAGCUCUAAGACUGCCAGUCCCUCACAGCUGAAGACGGAGUACCUUCCUCUCCUCAGUGUCAUUUUUGUUUCAGAGAACAGUCUAGUAGCUGCGGGCCACGACUGUUGCCCCAUGCUGUUCCGUUGCGACGACGGUGGAACGCUGACAUUUGUGUCAAAGCUCGACCUCCCCAAGCAGAGUAUCCAGAGGAACAUCUCUGCCAUGGAGCGCUUCAGGAACAUGGACAAGAGAGCCACCACCGAGGACCGCAACACUGCCCUGGACACACUGCACCAGAACAGCAUCACCCAAGUGUCUAUCUAUGAGGGAGACAAAAGGGAUUGUCGCAAGUUCUGCACCACAGGCAUCGAUGGAGCAAUGACCAUUUGGGACUUCAAGAGUCUAGAAGCUUCUAUCCAGGGUCUCCGCAUCAUGUGAAGAAAUCUUGUGAAUGAAUGAAGAGACGCUGCGGCCUCACUUCUCUCCCCUCGCCCUCACAGUCCUCACCCCUCCUUCCCCUUUCCACCUCCACCCCCCUCCCCCCCUCUCCUGCGACGCAGCCAGUAACAUACAUAACUGACCACCUUAUCGAGUGUCUGCUGAAGCACUGAUCAGACCAUAACACACUCUUGUGGGUGUGUGCUUACACUCUUACACACACUCGCACACUACAACACAUGAACAAGCAUACACUACACUACACUACACUACAUUACACUA